AUGGCUACUGAAAAUUGGCAAGUGGUGGGUGACAUCACCUGCAACCCAAAAUACCUAGGUCUUGUUCAACCUGAAAAGGAGCUGCCUAACACCAAAUUCUUGAUGGAUUUCAAUGUCAAGAUAAGGCGCGCGCAGUCUACUGUUUUGGAGGAUGAUGAAGAAAUUGUAGAAGAGAAGAAUCUGCGCUCAGUCGAACUUGAGUACAAUCCACAUAGCAUGUGGGUUGCCAUAAAUAAAGAGCUUCAAGACCUGCAAGUUCCAAUCCAAGUUCGUGCAGCCAUUGAAGAUCCAAUACUCAAGGGAACCAGAGUCGCACGAGCCGAUAGCUCUUAUGACGCUCGCAAGUAUCUGCAUAUGGAGGUGGCUAUCGAUUUUCGUGUUGGCGUUUUUGAUGGUAUUGGUGAAUAUGAGCCUACGUUUGUGCCGGCAAGUGAAGCGUCCAUUAAGAAACUGAAGAAGACAAGAGCCGAAGUGUCGUCGACAAUGUGCACGGUUUGUAUGGAGGAGAUGAUGGUUGGUUCGGAAGCGACUCGUAUGCCUUGUUCCCAUCUUUACCAUGAGAGUUGCAUUGUAGAGUGGCUGCAGAAAAGUGGGGUUUGCCCAUCCUGUAGGUUCCUCAUGCCCACUGAUGAUGAUGAAUGA